AUGGAAUACGUUCGUAAUUUGGAACACCGCAAUAUUAAAGCAAUUAUCGCAAUAUUGCUAUUGGCGAUGAAUGCAAUCGAUUACGAUUGUCAUUUGUUGCAAUUAGCGUGCAUGUGCCCGGAUUCCAAAGCAAUACAUGUUCGUAAAAAAGUAUUGAAGAAAAUAUCGCAGUCUGAGUUUUUGCAAGUACCAGUAUUAGACGUGUCGGCGGUGGCUGGCUUCAAAGCUCAAAUACCUUGCGACAUUGAUCCACCAACUAGGACCGAGGUGGUGAGCAUGGUUUUUUGGUACAAAGGCGAAAGGAAUGGCGAACCGAUAUACAGCGUGGACGCUCGCGGCAAAUCGAUAGGUCAGGCAAAGCUCUGGUCAAAUACAUCCGUAUUCGGCGAAAGGGCAACCAUGAGGAUAAACGUGAAACCUGCAAAAUUGGAGAUCGAUCCCUUGAAAGCGACCGAUGCGGGGGUGUACAGAUGCAGGGUGGAUUACAAAAAUAGUCCAACGAGAAAUCAGAAGGUUAACCUCACAGUGAUAGUGCCACCGAAGAAGCCGGUGAUUUACGCGGGCGCCGGUAGAAGUUUGGCUAUGAUACUGCAGCCCUUCAACGAAGGCAGCGAGUUGUCUUUAUUGUGCGAAGUAAUCGGAGGUUCUCCGCCGCCGAAGGUCACGUGGCACUUCAUGGAGAAAACGCUGGACAAUACGUUCACGCUGGAGCACGGGGACAUCACGAUAAAUCAACUGGAUAUCUCGCAUGUCACGAGGGACUUCCUCAAAGCUAGGCUAAUUUGUCAGGCAAACAACACGCAUCUCGUGCCUCCAUUGACUUCGGAGAUCAUUUUAGAUAUUAAUCUGAAACCAUUGGUAGUGAAUAUUACCAAUAAGAAAGUACACUUGUCGGCGUUAAGAACGUACGAAAUUGAAUGCGUCAGUUCGGGCUCCAGGCCGGAGGCUGUGAUCACCUGGUGGAAAGGAAACCACCAAGUAAAACACAUGGCCAGAAAUUUUGCAGAUAAUCCGAACAUUACGAGAAGCAUGCUGAGUUACGUACCGACCAUGGAGGACGACGGAAAGAAUCUGACUUGUCGCGCCGAGAAUAUAGUUGUGCCCAAUAGCGCGUUGGAAGACAGGUGGCGUCUACAAGUUCAUUACUCGCCCAUAGUGACAAUCAAUAUUGGUUCGAGUCUCAGGGAAAAAACCAUAAACGAAGGCGACGACGUCUAUUUCGAGUGCGAGGUUCAAGCAAACCCAAAAGCGUACAAGCUGGCGUGGUUUAAAGACGGCAAAGAAUUGCAUCAGAACGCAGCAGCCAGAAUCUUUCUUCACAGCGGACAAUCUCUGGUUUUGCAACGAGUGACUAGACAUUCCGCCGGUGAAUAUGCCUGUAUGGCAGUCAAUAUCGAAGGAAAGUCCAUCAGCAGACCAAUGACUCUCGAGAUAAUGUACGCACCGAUCUGCAAGGAUGGCUCCUCCACUCAAGUGGUCGGUGCCCUAAAGCACGAGACGAUCUCGCUAGUUUGCGGGGUACAAUCGAAACCGCCGCCCACUACUUUCCAUUGGACCUUCAACAAUUCUGGCGAGCUGAUGAACGUGCCAGCCAAUAGAUUCACGCAGGUCAAGCCCCUGAGUCUGAUCACGAGCCAUUGGCACGGGUCCAGGCUGAAUUACACACCAGAAAACGACAUGGACUACGGCACGAUCGCAUGCUGGGCCAAAAACCAGAUAGGGGUGCAAAAGACGCCCUGUCUUUUUCAGAUCAUCGUGGCCGGGAAACCCUAUCCCCUGCAGAAUUGUACGGCUCUCCAGUCGACCGGACCCUACGCGUAUCGAAUGGGUCACGAGGAUUUUAAAGCCACGGAUUCGAGGGAUGUGGACUGGUUGAUCGUCAAAUGCUCAGAGGGAUUUGACGGCGGUUUGCCCUUGACUAAUUACGAAAUCGAGGUCUACAGUGAGGAGAACGUUUAUCACGUUAAUACCAUCUACCUGAACCACACAGAGAGAUCCAGUUCGUCAGGUCCGAUUUUCGAGGUCCCUGGUCUGGAGCCUGGCCGUAACUAUCGACUACAUCUCUACGCUGUCAAUGCCAAGGGACGAAGCGAUCCCGUAGUCCUUGAACCGGUCACUCUCAAAGGAGUCGCCAUGUACACCACCGGUCUCGAAACCCCGGACGAGAGCACGGACUACAGCCUCCUAGUAGCUUGUUUCGCCGGCGGGAUAACGGCCAUGUGCAUUCUGACCGUCGGGAUAACCGUGACCUUGUACCGUCGGAACCACCCGAUGCAGACGAUGAAGGCGCACACCGAAAUCGUGCAGUACGGUAACAAAGAGGACCGGGUAGUGAUAGUACCGCUUAACAAGGAUUCCAGGAACGAGGCCAAGGGUCAAAUAUCCACCGAUAUGCCCGACGACGAUCCGGACGUGAUUCCAAACAAGGCGGAGAAGAGACCGGACAUCUUCGAGCCGAACUGUAGGGCCACGAGACCGGAAAGGACAAAUAACUUUGGCCGUAUGGAGGAUCUCGAUUAUCCGUCACCCUCGUCGGUUUUACACACCAAAGACUCCUGGAUCUAUCCAAACGGUUACCUGGAUAAAGUGGAGAUAAGUCUGAGCCCGAUGCGGCCUAGCACGCUCUCUGUCCAUCGUACCAUGGAUAUUUACACUAGAAGUUCACGCGUUCAGGAAAGUUGUAUAUAG